AUGUCUACACUGCUUAAAAAUGAAGUUGUAAAGGGCGAUGCGCUGGGAGUCUCACGCAUCGCUGGAAUUCAGGCCGCCAAACUAACAUCAGUACUAAUCCCUUUAUGCCAUAACAUCCCACUGAGCGCGGUGCACAUCGAAAUAAGGUUAUUUGAAGAUAGGAACGAGGUGCGGAUCCGUUCGCUUGUACGCACCGAAUCGAAAACUGGCGUUGAAAUGGAAGCUUUAACGGCAGUAUCGGUGGCAGCUCUUGCGCUCUACGAUAUGUGCAAGUCAAUAACACAUGAAAUGACCAUCACUGGUAUUCGUCUUUUGGGGAAAGCAGGCGGAAAGAGUACAUUUGGAGAGCUGGUGCUCUGA